AUGAACACAGAGGAUCGCGCCGCACUGACCCCGAGCCCAGCAGGCCGACAGGGAGCGACCCCCGAGGGCGAGAGGGAGCCUUCCCUUCCCAAGGACUCCCCUGAGGAGGAGGCAACUAAGGCGUCAGAUUACGAGAGCAAAAGGUCUUCGAGGAGCAGCUCUCCACAGAGUGAAUCCAAGGACAAGAGCAGCAGCUCUCCGCAGAGUGAAUCCAAGGACAAGAGCAGCAGCUCUUCGAGGAGCAGAUCUUCGAGGAGCAGCUCUCCGUAGAGUGAAUCCAAGGACAAGAGCAGCAGCUCUUCGAGGAGCAGAUCUUCGAGCAGCAGCUCUUCGAGGAGCAGAUCUUCGAGCAGCAGCUCUUCGAGGAGCAGCUCUUCGAGGAGCAGCUCUCCGUAGAGUGAAUCCAAGGACAAGAGCAGCAGCUCUUCGAGGAGCAGAUCUUCGAGCAGCAGCUCUUCGAGGAGCAGCUCUCCGCAGAGUGAAUCCAAGGACAAGAGCAGCAGCUCUUCGAGGAGCAGCUCUCCGCAGAGUGAAUCCAAGGACAAGAGCAGCAGCUCUUCGAGGAGCAGCUCUUCGAGCAGCAGAUCUUCGAGGAGCAGCUCUCCGCAGAGUGAAUCCAAGGACAAGAGCAGCAGCUCUUCGAGGAGCAGCUCUUCGAGCAGCAGAUCUUCGAGGAGCAGGUCUUCGAGGAGCAGCUCUCCGCAGAGUGAAUCCAAGGACAAGAGCAGCAGCUCUUCGAGGAGCAGCUCUUCGAGGAGCAGCUCUUCGAGCAGCAGCUCUUCGAGGAGCAGCUCUCCAUCUUCGAGCAGCAGCUCUUCGAGGAGCAGAUCUUCGAGCAGCAGCUCUUCGAGGAGCAGCUCUCCGCAGAGUGAAUCCAAGGAAAAGAGCAGCAGCUCUUCGAGGAGCAGAUCUUCGAGCAGCAGCUCUUCGAGGAGCAGCUCUUCGAGCAGCAGCUCUUCGAGGAGCAGCUCUCCGCAGAGUGAAUCCAAGGAAAAGAGCAGCAGCUCUUCGAGGAGCAGAUCUUCGAGGAGCAGCUCUUCGAGGAGCAGCUCUCCGCAGAGUGAAUCCAAGGAAAAGAGCAGCAGCUCUUCGAGCAGCAGCUCUUCGAGGAGCAGCUCUCCGCAGAGUGAAUCCAAGGACAAGAGCAGCAGCUCUUCGAGGAGCAGAUCUUCGAGCAGCAGCUCUUCGAGGAGCAGCUCUCCGCAGAGUGAAUCCAAGGACAAGAGCAGCAGCUCUUCGAGGAGCAGAUCUUCGAGCAGCAGCUCUUCGAGGAGCAGCUCUCCGCAGAGUGAAUCCAAGGACAAGAGCAGCAGCUCUUCGAGGAGCAGCUCUCCGCAGAGUGAGCCUUCCCUUCCGAAGGACUCCCCUGAGGGGAAGCGGACGUCCGCCCAGGCGCCCUCCCAGCGCCCCUCCCAACACGAGGGCGAGCGGACCGCCCAGGCGCCCUCCCAGCGCCCCGCCCAACACGAGGGCGAGCGGACCGCCCAGGCGCCGCCCACCAAACGCCCCGCCCAACACGAGGGCGAGCGGACCGCCCAGGCGCCGCCCUCCAAGCGCCCCUCCCAACACGAGGGCGAGGCGCCGCCCUCCAAGCGCCCCGCCCAACACGAGGGCGAGCGGACCGUCCAGGCACCCUCCCGGCGCCCCGCCCAACACAAGGGCGAGACGAGCCCCAAGAAGGCCCUGACGACCGAGGACCAAGCCCUUGGGGGGCCUCGCCUCCCGGGUCCUAAUAGGUCGAACACCGACGACGACUGCUUCAAGCGCGUGCACCCCCGCCAGCACAGGAAGGUGAUCGCGCCGAAAAGGCGGAACCCGGAGGAUUCUAUCCUUCCGAAGGACUUCCCUAAGGAGGAGCGGACCGACCAGGCGCCCGAGGGCAGCAGGGCUCCGCAGAAGGAGUCUUCCCCUCCGAAGAACUCUCCUAAGGAGAAGCGGACCGCCCAGGCGCCGCCCGCCAAACGCCCCGCCCAACACGAGGGCGAGACGAACCCCAAGAGGGCCAAGACGACCCAACCGCCUGCAGGCAAGCACACCCGCGACAGCGACACAGAGGAAGGGCGGCCCCAAGUCGCACCUUUUCGGAAGUCGGACGCCUUCGUGGAGUGCUACAAUAAGGUGUGCUCCCUCCGGUUCCUGAACUCGACCGAGCAGAAGAGGCCGAGCUUUUACCAGGUCAACCUCCUGACUCUCUUCUGCGCCAGCCAGGGCCUGCCCCUCCUGUCCCGCAACAAGUUCGACACGCACCACAAAAUAUUCAUAGGUGAGGGUAGCUAUGGCAGGAAGUUCCUCAACAGUAAACAUGAGCUGGUCCUCAAGUAUGCCAAGAACCUGCAAAAGUUCCGCACCAUGCUGCUGGAGGCCGUGUUGAUGAAUCUAUUCUCGAGUCACCUCGGCUUCCAGCGCUUGGUGGGCGUGUGUCCGUCGGAGCUGUGCCUCGUGACGCGCUACGCUGGUCGGAGCCUCGACCACUACGCAGGCUAUAGUCUGCUUAAGCCGGAGCACAGGUACUCCGUCAUGACGCAGCUGUGCAACAUCCUGCAGGAAUUCCACCAGAACUGCUUCGUACACAACUGCCUCAGAUUGCAGAGCGUGUGCGUCAAGAUCACGGCGUCGGGGCCGCAGGUGACCCUCACUGACUUCGGCCUCACCCUGAUAGCCAAAUGGCGCCCGAAGAUGGCCGUCGUGUGGGACAAGCGCUCGCAAUUCGCGCCCGAGAUCUGCGGCGCCGAGAACCCAGGCCGCUGCAGUUGGCAGUCUGACGCCUACAGCCUCGGCAAGCUCAUGCACCAGCUGUUCGGCAGCAAGCAGCUGCCGCCGCUGCUCAAUGUCUGGGCCACUGACGACGCAGUCUUCGCUCCGAACGCUGACCGGAAUCACCUGCGUGAGAUCAAGGGGCACCUGCGAGCGGAGAUCUCAGUAUGGUCCUGUCUGGGCAAGCUGCAAGAAGACCCUGUUCGUGGCUACCAAAUAAGGCAUGAAUCCGCUCUCUUCUCCAAGCUGGAAAGAGAAAGAGAAAAACAGAGAAAGAUAGAGAGAAAAAAGAGAAAGGCUGAUGACAGAGAACUCUAUCAAGUUCUGUGCCCACGGCGGGGCUUCGAUAAAGUCGGUAACGUCGGGUUGGCGGGAGUCCAUGCUGUAGCUGUUCUUUGA